AUGUACGAAGGCCGCACCACUGUCAGCUGUGAUGUCUUCCAGCACAAUGUUACUGUCCUCAUAAACCCUUCCUACGACUAUAAAACGUUUUGGGUGUGUAACGAUACUGUGAGAGGACAAACGAGCAACACCAUAACGAUCAAGCAGCCAUCUGUACAACCUAGGACAACGUCGUCUUUUCCACCUAACUCGACUGUUCCAACGACGUCCACGGUUCAACAACAAACCUCUACCGUAGCACCGACUUCCACUGUUCCAACGACCUUCACUGUUCCAACGACCGCAACUGUUCCAUCAGCCUCAACCGUAACACCGACUUCCACUGUUCCAACGACUUCCACUGUUCCAUCAACCUCCACUGUUCAAACGACCUCCACUGUUACAACGACCUCCACUGUUCGACCAGCCUCAACCGUAACACCGACUGCCACUGUUCCAACGACCUUCACUGUUCCAACGACCCCCACUGUUCGACCAGCCUCAACCGUAACACCGACUGCCACUGUUCCAACGACCUCCACUGUUUCACCAGCCUCCACCGUAACACCCACUUCCACUGUUCCAUCUGCGUCAACUGCACCUCAAGCAAUAACCACACCAUCUUCAACCACCUUAACUGUUUCAUCAACAUCAAACAUCCCUGCUACACCUUUUGCUACAACGUUCUCGACAAUUACUACAUCCGCAACAACAGUGUCAGCAUUCGAAGUUCAAAACCUGGGCUUGCAAGGUGUUGUUUACAUCGUAGUUGGAUCUGCUACGGCCGUACUUGUCAUCAUCGUCAUCGCCGUCGUCGUUGUGUAUAUCAGAAGGCGACGUCACCCAUCUGAAGGUUCCAUUGGAGUCACAGACAAGACCGAUACAUCAAACAGAAAGUAA